AUGAGUUUUAUAUGCCCAUAUCCAAUUUGGAUCGAUGGUCACGUCUCAGACUGUGUGGUCAACAACUAUAUCGGCAAGAUUGUCCCCCUCGUGACAUGUAUCGUCUCGAUCGCCAUAUACAGCUUUAAGCAGGUAUAUCCUUUUAUGUCACAGACAACUCUGCGUAACCAAAUCGCACUUGAUCAACAAACCUCUCAUACGGAUUACUUUACGACGAUUUCGCCUACGAUUAGUCAAUUGGAAAUCGCCGCAAUCAUCGCUGAUAUAACCAUCAAUGUCUUCCUCCUGGUUGGCAGUCAAGAUACCGCAGACCAUCUAGCAAUUUUUAUUUCCGCACUAUCUUCCGCAUACAUUUUGUUCCUUGCUCUAGUGCGAAAAACACUCCAUGGCAGCAGUACCAGCCAUGACUUACACCGACAUUCAAUAGUGCUUUGCGCAAUUCAGUUGGCUUCCCUGGUUAUACUUAACCAUGCAAUUAUUAUUCAGAGGACAGUACUAUUUGUCACGAUUGCAAACCUCUUGCGUCUUCUGGUAUUUGCCGUGCUUUGUUUGUGUCACUGGAGUGCUCCAAGGUCACCAGUAUCAAGACAGGUCAAGGGUGCUGAUACGUUUCCUUCGGAUGUAAGCAAAGAAGACACAGCAAGCAUAAUCUCUCGUCUUACUUUUUCGUGGCUCAACGGCCUAGUGUGGAAGUCAUUUCGCGCCACACUGGAGGUCUCAGACCUGUAUCAACUUUCUCAAAACCAAAAAUCUAAUAUGGUCAUCUCCACUUUUCAAGCUACAACUCCAGCCACUUCGCCUCUUUUACGGAGGAUUUACCGAAUCGUCAAAUAUGAUAUGCUACGACAAGGCGCUUGGGCAGCUUUGAAUAGUCUCUUUGUUCUCCUACCACCUGUCUUAAUUAGAGCCAUUCUGCAACAUCUUGAAUAUCCCGAAACCAUCCUUAAGAGCACAGGUUGGCUCUGUGCUGUUGGUAUUCUCAUUGCGGGUGCUGUUUCUAGCAUUGCCGGUAGUCGAUGUGAUUGGAUGGGCAAUCGAAUGACCGCUAAGCUACGAGCUAUAUUGAUAAACGAAAUUUACGAAAAGUCGCUACGCAAAAGGAUGACGCCGCACGCUUUAUCUGAAAAUGGGGAGUCCACAGCCGAAUCCCACGCUACGGACGGUAAUAUCCUCAACCUCAUGUCAGUAGACGUCGAACACGUGAGUGGGAUGAGCGGAAGUUUGUAUCUGAUUUGGGUGGUAUUUCCUGUUCAGACAAGUCUGGGAACAUGGCUACUCUACAAGAUCCUUGGUAUAAGCGGCGUUCUAGGAGUUUUGUGUAUGGUAUGCCUACUGCCACUCAACUUCAUCAUAUCUCAGCGCGUGAUGAAAGUGCAGGCAAAGCUACUAAAGGCAAGCGACUCACGAAUCCAGAGCGGCAAUGAAAUUCUGAAUAAUAUUCACACAGUAAAGUACUCAGCCUGGGAAUCUCAUUUUAGAGAACGCUUGAUGCAAAAGCGCAAACUAGAAGUUGACGAGCUGCGCUCCCGAUUCAUAUGGUGGUCGAUUAAUGCAACUACGUUUCAUUCUCUGCCGCUUAUCGUCACGAUUAUAACGUGUUUCUUUUAUGCUGUUGUAUGGGAUAGUCCGCUUAAAACUUCUAUUGCAUUUCCUGCUCUGGCUAUUUUCAGUAUCAUUCGGAUCCCGCUAGACAGAAUGGCCGCGUCAAUUACAUUUUUGCUUCAAGCGCAUGUCUCCUUGGGUCGAAUUGACAAAUUUUUGCAAGAACAAGAAAGGAGGAAAGACCUUCAAAUCUCAAAGUCUGAUCAGUUCGGUUAUUUUGGUUUCGACAAUGCUACACUUUCUUGGCCAACGAAAGUAUCAGUAUCCGCAGCGGAAGCAAAUGGUGAAGCCAGAAGAGACCUUGAUAUUCCAUUAGACGACGUCUCAUCUAGCAGCAGCAGACCGUUUCGGUUGGAAAGAAUGAGCGUUCAGUUUAAGGCAGAGUCACUGAAUAUAGUUUGUGGCCCCAGUGGAUCUGGGAAGUCCUCCCUACUGCUUGCACUCCUCGGAGAAAUGGACCUCUUAAACGGACAGAUCUUUCUACCACAAACCUCAUACGACAGUGUGGACAAUCCAUCGAUUGGCUUUACGGAGGCCAUAGCGUAUUGUCCACAGGAGCCAUGGAUCAUGAACGAAAGCAUACGCUCAAACAUCAUUUUCAACAUGCCAUUCGACAGUCAGCGUUAUGCAGCAGUACUUGAUGCAGUUGCGCUUUUCCCCGAUAUUGCUGCGUUAGAUAAAGGCGAUCAGACUCUUUGCGGGGAGAAUGGAGUGCGGUUGUCCGGUGGUCAGAAGCAACGUGUUGCCUUAGGACGUGCACUUUACAGCAGAUGUAGAUACACCCUUCUUGACGAUUGCCUCAGUGCGGUAGAUUCUCAUACGGCAAGCCAUAUAUUCUCCCGUGCUGUAAAGGGCCCUUUGAUGAAAGGUCGCACUUGUGUAAUGGCUACACACAAUACACAUCUGACCAUACCAUGCAGUGACUACGUUGUAAUGCUAGACAGCGGUCAUGUAGUGGGUCAAGGCUCUCCAGAAGAACUCGUCCAAUCCGGACUUUUGGAAGCUGAUAUAUUUGAAAGAAAACCGGAAAGCCCGAUAUCAACUCUUAUUAUCACGGAUAGCAGCAAUUCGGCAGUCAUUAAUUACGCUUCAAGGAAUUCACUAGAUACAGAUUCGCUGGAUGGAAUAUCAUUGUCAACAAUAACAUCAAAUGAGAAAGGUACUUACAAAGAGACGAAGGCGGAGGGCGCAGUUUCACCAUAUGUUCUUCGAAGGUAUUUGACUGUCAUGGGCAACAGAUCUUUCUUGGUCAUUGUAUUAGGCCUGUUUGCAUUACAGCAGAUUGCCUCACUGGGGACAACUCUGUGGAUCAAGGAAUGGGCCUUACAAUCUGAUCUGGCACAGGAUCUAAGGGGAGAAACACCGGCAGAAACAAACGGGGAAGGAGAAAACUCUAAUGAGAUCGUAAAGGUCAAUCCUUGGUUUUACAUAACCGUAUAUACCGGUCUCUGCGGUUUAUACGCAUUGAUUACGAUCAUACGAGAUCUCAUAACUUUCCACGGCUCGCUCAAAGCAUCAUCCUCCAUAUUCGAAAAUCUACUAGACUCGGUACUCCAUGCAAAGCUCCAAUUCUUCGACAGUGUACCCUCGGGACAAAUCACUAAUCGCUUUUCGAAAGAUGUCGAGGCGAUGGACCAAGUUAUACCGGGAUUCGCGAUCAGCGCUUUACAGCUGGUCGCAACAAUAGCAAUGGUAGUGGUGUUUAUAUCGAUCGUGCUCCCAGCUUUCCUUGUUGUCGCAGCAUUUAUUUGCGUGGCGUACUACUUCGUCUUGGCCGUUUAUAUCAACGGAGCACGAGACCUCAAGCGAAUUGAGGCUGUUCAAAGGUCUCCGUUAUUCCAACAAUUUGGCGAAACAUUGUCCGGCUACAUUAGUAUUAGAGCAUAUCAUCAAACACCAAUAUUCACCGCACAACAUCGGAAGUUCAUUGACAGGCUCAAUCAGCCAUAUUUACUUCAAUGUGCCGGUAAAGAGUGGCUCACUUUCAGAGUAACGGUUCUGGGUUCUUUGAUUUCGUUUUCAACAGCGGCUUUUAUUCUCUGGAGUCCUAGAUCAAUCGAUUUCGGCAGUGCAGGCUUAGUGCUUACCUAUUCUACGACAUUUACGGAGAACAUCAUGUGGCUUGUUCAGGUAUACGCCUUCAUACAACAAAACUUGAACUCAGUGGACCGAAUACUGGAGUAUAGCAAAGUUGAGCAAGAGCACUACAAGCCAAGGUCAACAGCCAUCUACGACAUGCCAACAGAUUGGCCAGCACAAGGCGGAAUACGGUUCAUAGAUUAUACGACCAGAUAUGCAUCGGACCUGAACCCUGCAUUGAGCCAGAUCAGUUUUGAGGCGCGGCCAGGACAACGCAUCGGCAUUGUAGGCCGGACAGGUGCCGGGAAAAGCACUUUGACGUUGGCAUUAUUACGAUGUCUCGAAGCGGAAAGUGGUCGUGUAGAGAUUGAUGGCGUUGAUAUUAGUACUUUACCGCUUGAAAAGCUCCGCCAGGCUAUUGCUAUUGUACCCCAGAACCCGGAGCUUUUUGAUGGCACGAUUCGUGACAAUCUUGAUCCCUUACAGCGCUACACAGACAAUGAGGUGAUAUCGGUGCUUCACCAAGUACAUCUUUUCGAACAGAUCAAUACAAUGAAUACGGGGCCGACGGUGAGCUGUUUGGACCAUGCAGCAGAUGUUCUAUCGCUCGGUCAACGUCAGCUCUUAUGCAUCGCGCGUGCCCUACUGCGUCGCGCGCGAAUCCUCGUCCUUGACGAAGCAACGGCUUCUAUCGACCAUGCUACUGACGCUGCAAUACAGGCAAGCCUCGAAGCAAGCGUGUUGAACAAAACUACUGUCUUGACCGUUGCCCAUAGACUACGAACUAUCGCUGCCUAUGAUCAUAUUGUGGUCUUGGACUCUGGACGAAUUGUUGAGCAGGGUUCUGUACAGACGCUGCUCGCUGGGGAUUCUGGAAGUUCCAUCUUUCGUCAGAUGUGUGAAGAGUCUGGUGAUUUAGAAGUAGUAAAACAUUCUGCAUUUAGAUAA